AUGAUAAAGACUCCAUUGAUUGUAUUUAUUGUACUGGCUGCUACUGCUCAUGCCCUCUGGCUGCCAUCAAAUCACGACAGACAGAUCCCCAUCAUCCACACUAUGGCAACCACGACGUUAUGCGGCACCGACGACGAUAUAUUCACUGUGGAAUCAAUCAUUCUCACUCCUGAUCCACCUGUAAAAGGCCAGAGUCUCGUCAUUGAGGCCCGAGGUUAUCUCAAGGAAGACGUUGUCGCCGGAUCCGUGGCUGAUGUAAAGGUGAAACUUGGUCUUAUCAAGCUGUUCGAGCAACGUCUAGAUUUGUGUGAGGAAAUCAAACGUAUCGAUGUUGAAUGCCCAAUCCUCAAAGGCUAUCAAGUGAUUGAGCGAACUAUCGACCUCCCUAACGAACUCCCUGCGGGCAAGUACAACCUCCAUUUGAAUGCUACCAACGCAGACGAUCUACCAAUCACCUGCGUCAAUGCAGAAUUCCGCUUUUAA